GUUGCCAACUUGCCAUCGCCAUCAUCUGUAAAUGAACCAAUCCCCUCCGAGGCACAUCUUCCUUGCCUUGAUGGCAAUGGGCCUCUUCGGGCCGCACUAUAGUACAUACCCAUAGAGAUCGUCCGAAGCUACUUCUUUCUGUCUCAGACGUUCAAUUCUAUCCCAUACGCAUUACUUUGAAUCAGAACACUUUGAUCCCAACGCGAUGUCUUCUUUCAGACAGUCAUGCCCUAGCCCCGAUGAGUCCCGGGCCGGAGGAUUGUAUUUCGCUUACGGUAGCAACAUGCACCUUCAACAGAUGGCGGCGCGCUAUCCGGAUAGCACGCUGUUUGCGAGAGGCAUCCUCCGGAAUUACAGAUGGCAAACCAAUACCCGCGGUGGGGGCAACGUGGUCGAAGGAUCCCAGGACGAUUUCGUGGAGGGCAUCAUGUUCAGGGUGUCUACCAGCGAUGUCCAAGCAUUACGCCACUACGAGGGAGUCGCACAGCAGAACUUCACGGAGAUGGAAUUUGAUAUCGAAGUUGAGCGGUUCCCAGACACAAGAUGGGAGGGUCGCAAGACCACCGAUGCGGCUCGGAUUCUCGCAGGGGACAGCACCGGAUUUAGGAUGACGGAACCUGAAUCCUUGACGGAUGCACCAGAGCACAAUCGAGCGGAAAGGGUUCACCGUAAGGCACUUGUGUACGUUAGUUACAAGUACCAAGUGCCCGGUGACAUUAGAGACGAAUACAUGGCACGGAUGCAGUUGGCCAUGGACGACGCUCGCAUGCUUGGCGUUUCCGAGUAUUACCUCGAAGCCUUAUUGCAUCCGCAAGUUUUUGGCAAGACUCGGCCGGUUCCGGUUGAAUCCCUAUCUCUACAGGCAAAAAUCUGCUCUCAGGCCCGGACAAUGCCGCAAGCUGCAUAAAAAGGUAGUGGGGCUCAAGGAAAAGCGCUACAGACACCGCCACCAACACCAGCAUCC